AUGGUGCAUGCGCUAUUACAGAGGCAAAAGGGAGAGCAGUAUACCAAAGAUUGGUAGAACCAUGGGUGUUUGUGUGGUGGGAUGGUGUUAUGUUACUACCUACUAAAAGGAAAUAGCAUCCUUUUGGUGUUUGCUCCGCUUCACUGAGAAGAGAGGCAGUAACUCGCGACUGACGUAUCCCAAGCGAACCCAACUAUUAAGUUUGUUGCAAGUAUAAUAAUUUUUUUUUCUUAACUUAAACUUAAGCUUCGCCUUUGCAACUACCUACCACAUUUCAAAUUUCAAGAAAAUCGAUCUAGUGGUUAACUGUGUGGUAAUACCUACAGUGAUACAUACACAUAAAUUAAUUAAGUAGGUACACAGUACUUCCUCCGAAUAUUUUAUCAGUAAAGGAUUAUUCUCCAAGGUAAUGCGGACGCAAAUCCAAACAAACAAUUUAUUUUUCAAACGAUCAAUAUACAUAUUUAGUUGUAAUCGGAAACAAAAAGUGGCCGGAAACAAUUUUUGACCAUAGACCAGGCGGCCAACGACAGCUGACAGCUGUUUGAAAAAUAUACAGGUGACAAAAACCGAACGCAAACUAGAAAAAUCACCGAAAUAAUUUCAAAUCCAUAUUCACAAGUGCAAAAUAAUGAACAUUAGUGCGUACGCUGUUUUCUCCGGACUCUAAAUAAUGAGUGUAUAUUUUCUGUGUUCUACUUUCGUGGUUUGAUACUAAGAUGUAUACUUUAAAAGGCAUAUUCCCCGAGCCAAAAAAGGAGCAAAAAAGGAAUUUUAUUCGAGAAAACAUGAAGCAACUAAAGUUUAUUCAAGGUAAAUCGCCCAAAGAGCCGAGAUUUAUGUUGAAGAAUGUCCAGGGUAGCCGUUUGGGCAAACCCAUGGGGGUAGGCAGUUCCCUCGGGCAGGUCAAGUCUUCGCCAUCUAAUAAAAGUGGUAAAGUUUCACUAAACGUAGGUAAAACUAGUUCUACAAAUUCGCGGAAGAAAUACACGGAGGUCCGGAUAAAAAAGGGUGACAUGGCUGAAUUUUUGAAAAGAAAAGAACUACGACAAGUGAAACAGGCCGAAGACUCGCCUGAGGAGGAUGUGCAGUCAACGGAAUCAUCUGGUAGAUUACGAGACGUGGGUUGUCAAACAGUCGACCAAAGCUUGGCACAGAAGCUGUCGGAGAGUGCUAAGUUAACAGUUUUAUAUCCAAAGAAAGACAGCGAGGAAGAGGCUAAGAUGAAGGCUAGUGGGGACAGCGGACAACACCGCAGCGAAUCUCAGUCGCCUCCUCGAAGGACUGCUGAAGAAUUAAUCGAGAUUGAGAGAAACCGCAGUCGUUUGAAUUCUAUUUUGGAAAGGAAAAGUAAUAAUAAGGAUCCCUAUCUACCAUCAGGUUACCAAAAGGGCGUGGUGCCAAAGUACCUUCGUGAACGUAAAGAGAUGAUCGCCAAAGAAACGGAGAGUCCGAAACCUGAUGAUGACCAGGUGGUCUGCCCCCCGGGACAUGUCACACUGCCUGACACGGAGCGGAAAGAGACAUUGCGCAUGCUUAGAAAUAGUUUUGCCGAAUUAGUAAGCGAACUUAACAAAAUGCCAGUCAAGACUGACACAUUGCGAAUGAAAAAUAGGAAAAUGGAGCUUGAGAAACAGCUGUCCAAGCUCGAAGAGGGCAUCAAAGUCUUCUCCCGUCCCAAGGUCUUCGUCAAAAUAGGAGAAUAAUCGAUUCUCUUCACAUCUCCCUUAUCCCAAACAAUUACUAAGGGAUAAUAUAAUCUUUUACCGUCCAAAUUGAAAGUAUACAAAAAAUUUUUGUGAUGUUCAUAUAAAUAAGUUAAUUUUGUUCUUAUAUGUUAGUAGUAAUGUAUGUUAACUGUUGAAAUAUAAUAUGUCUCGUUUGUAUGUUUUACAGUGUUUCUAUAACGUUUUUGGAUGUUUAAAUACAUUAUAUGUCUACUUAGUUGUGAUUCUUUGGAGUAAUAAAAAUAAGGUUUAUUGUGUAUAGAAAUUAUAUUUCUAUUUUGAAUUGUACAUAGGGUAACACUUUAAAAUGCGCUUAGAUCGGCAAUGAACAAAUGCCGUAUAAAAAAAAAUUGUCGAUUAGUUUUAACAUAUCUCCAUAAUCUCAU